UGAAGAAAAGCAAUUUCCUUGGCAUCUCGACAUUUCACUGCGGAACUGCUAAAACGACGCAUUGGUGUGAAUUUCCCUGCCCAGUGUAGCUCGGAGCUUGCCUUGCAUGGUUGUAAACUUUGCAAAACUUCCGAGCUUAUUUUUUAAUCUUUCACAAUGAAGCCGGGGCUAGUUUUCCUGUUGGUUUGCCUGAGUGUUUUUCUACUGGAAUUCGUGGAAUGCCAGCAGGAUGAAAAGGUCACCAAAAAUGUUGCCAAAAAUAAAAGGCAACAUGUUGGGAAGAAAGUUAAAGCUGCCGCCACCAAAAAGACCAAAGGCAAGCCAAAAGCGAAGAAGGUUAAGGUGCCUGCAAAGAUCUUCAUAAUGACUCAGCUAUUGGAAGAAGGCAGGUUUCAGAAACCAUCCGACACUGUGGUGCUUUCUGUUGGAAAGAGGCUUGUGCUACGCUGCAAAGGAAAACAUAUCAGCUGGGCGUAUCCCAGUUACCUAGAUGAGGAAGACGGUGGUAGAUUCAGCAUUACCCAUCGCAAAAGGCACAGCCAGCUGGUAGUAGUGAACAGCACAGGAGCAGAUACUGGUGAAUAUAGUUGCUGGGCAUUGGAUUGUGACACCGAGACCUGUAGAAAGGAAGAUUCCAAAACAGGCAGCACCUAUGUGUUCUUCACUGAUCCACGUGAACUGUUUGUACCAGCAAAUGAUUAUUAUGAAGCUGUUCAGCUUCGCACCGACAGACCCACCAGAUUACCAUGCCAAGUAACAAAUCCUCUUGCCAAAGUGUCUCUGCAUCGGGAAUUUCCACCAGAGGUAAUUCCGGUGGAUGGGAAAUUAAUCACAUUUGAUGUGAAGAAAGGGUUUAUUAUCCACAAGGCCUUACCAUUGUUUGCUGGCACAGUGUACUGUGUGGCAAGUUAUCGGGGAUUAUUGCAGAGCUCCACAAAAUACCUCCUCAUAUUUACCAAUUAUCCAUCUGCCCCUCCUUCAGCUAAAAUCACAGCCUCGUCCAGCUCAGUACCAGUGGGUGCAAACUUUAAUGUAACAUGUACAGUUCUUGGAGAAAUUGACAUAGAGGUGGACUUUACUUGGGAAUUCCCUGGCCAGGAGCUGGGGAGACCCACCUACACCAGGGAGAGCCAGGAGUCUGUGUACAUGGAUGGUCAGAUACGGCAGUUGUCUCAAAGCGUUCUCCUGGUGGAUGAGGGGCGCCCUGUUGAUGAUGGGCUCUACAAGUGUGUCGCCCAGAACCUGCAGGGGAAAACUACCGUGUCCACUCACGUAAAUGUGCUUCCACAUACAAGUCCUGGCCAAACGUAAGCUUGGGAGCAAAGGCCAAAUAUAUCCCUCAAGUUGCUGAUGAUAACACUGAAAAAUGGAGAA